CCAAACACAAGACAAACGAGGGAAGGGGACCCAGGAAGACACUGUUAGAGACAGAAAGGGUCUGAUAUAAGAGACAGUAGGCUGAAGGGAGACAAAGUGAAAGGUAAAGAUUGAGCAGCAGAUAUCAGAAGGAGUGGACAAACUAGAAGAGGAGGAGGAGUCUGGACUGAGAGGACGCUAAUAAGAGUAGAGCGUGAAAGGGAGACUUCAAAACAGAGAAAUCUUGUCUGAUCUAGCCACUGACACAGAAGGUGAGACACAAGCUGGACAUGGAAUAAACUGGAGCCUGGCAAGAGCUCAACUUGUGAAAUAAAUUAUCACCACUGAAGGAAUUAUUGAAAACAUAAACAGACAGCUGUCCAAAGGCACCGGGGAGAGCAGAUGACAAUCCAACAUUAUUAAAAACCGAAAGAAGAAGCCACCUUGGAAAUCACAUAAGACCAUCUCCAAACCACUGAUCAAAGCAUCUUCUUCAAGUCUAGAGCCUAAGAACCAUCAUCGGCUUGAGGUUCACCUAAAACUGUGGACUCUUCCAAAAGAACAAUUGCACUGUAACCCACAGGACGUCUGGUCUCCUCCCUGUAGAGAGAUGGAAGCUGUGUACUGAGCAGCCUACAAGGGGUUGAGUGAAGUGGACAUUCACCUACUGACACUGCAGCAUGAAGCUCAGGCAUGGGGCAAGAGGGGCAGUGCUGGCCUUGCUGCUAAGCAUACUGUCGACUACAUGUACCACACAAGAGAGCGAUGAGAGUAUGGAGCUCCAGGAGGAGAAAAGUACUGUCAGCACUGAGAGCCCUGAGACUGUAUCCUCUGACAUAGCCUUUGUGAGCCCCCACAGGACAUGGAUAGUCUUUAGGGACAACUCCAACAAGGGUGGAAAUAAGAAACCAAGAGGAAACAAAAGACUCUCCAAGCAUGGCCUUCCAGGUCCACCAGGCCCUCCUGGUCCCCAGGGGCCUCCUGGUCCUCCUGGCCCCCUACUGCCUCAUCAUGAAGAAUUGAUACAGGACUUCCAAGUCAAACUGAAAGAGAUGGUAGGAACCCACUGUCUGCUCUGUGAUCAACCCCCUCGUGUGGCGACAGCUUUCCGCUGCCGACUGCACCACAACCUGCUGGUCCACCGUCGCAGUCUGCAGGAGGUCCAUCCCUUUAACAUUCCAUCAAACACAGAGCAGUUCCAUCAGAGAGGACAGGGCUUUAACACCAGCAGUGGCCGGUACACAGCUCCUGUGUCUGGGUUCUACCAGCUCACAGCUAGUCUGCUACUAGAAUCCAAUGAGUCUCAGAAGAGGCCUCAGGCCAGGCAGAAGGACAGUGUCAAGGCCUCCAUAUGUAUAGAGUCUCUUUGUCAGAGUAAUGUGUCUCUUGAGACAGUGAUGGGUGUAAGCGCUACAGGGGGAGUAUUCAGUAUUCCCCUCACAGGAACUCUUUACCUACAGGCUGGAGAGUACGUGUCUAUUCUAAUCGACAAUGGAACAGGCUCAGCCCUCACAAUUCUCCAAGAUAGUCUGUUUUCUGGCAUCCUUAUUGGAGUAUGAGGACACAAAGAGAAACUUAUGACCUAUAAAACAAAUUCCAGUAUCACUGUGCCCAACAAAAUACAGGUCUUUAUUUAGGCGAGGUAUUCAGGACAUAGUUGUAUAAUAAUUGCAUAAGAGGGAGGACCCUUUUUCAAGCAUCUAAAAGAGGCUCUAAUCACCUUCAGUAAUUAUUUUAACAUUGUUGCCAGGGCUGCAGGAUAGCACUGCUAUUUCUUUCCAAAAUAAUGGCAACACCUAAACGCUGUUAAUAGAGAUGUAUGUAAUUCUUUCCAUGUGGUAUGUUUAUAUAUUCUGUUCUCACAGGGUUGAAGUUUUAUUUAUUUGUAUUUGCUUUUUGAAACGAUUGCUGGUAUUUGUGUAUGUUUGUAAUAAAACACUUUUAUAACUGCUGAAACAUGCUCUAGGAAUGAAUUUCAGUAAAGUACAGUAAUUAACAUAAAUGGAAGAGCCUUGGUUAGCACCCCAAUAAAGUGUUUCAACAUAUACAGUUGUGCUCAAAAGUUUGCAUACCCUGGCAGAAAUUGAGACAUUUUGGCAUUGAUUUUGAAAAUAUGACUGAUCAUGCAAAAAAACUGUCUUUUAUUUAAGGAUAGUGAUCAUAUGAAGCCAUUUAUUAUCACAUAGUUGUUUGGCUCCUUUUUAAAUCUUAAUGAUAACAGAAAUCACCCAAAUGGCCCUGAUCAAAUGUUUACAUACCCUUGAAUGUUUGGCCUAGUUACAGACACACAAGGUGACACACACAGGUUUAAAUGGCAAUUAAAGGUUAAUUUCCCACACCUGUGGCUUUUUAAAUUGCAAUUAGUGUCUGUGUAUAAAUAGUCAAUGAGUUUGUUAGCUCUCACGUGGAUGCACUGAGCAGGCUAGAUACUGAGCCAUGGGGAGCAGAAAAGAACUGUCAAAAGACCUGCGUAACAAAAUAAUGGAUCUUUAUAAAGAUGGACAAGGAUAUAAAAAGAUAUCCAAAGCCUUGAAAAUGCCAGUCAGUGGGGCCUGGGUAGCUCUGUGGUAAAAUACUCUGGCUACCACCCCUGGAGUUCGCUAGCUUGUUAGUUCGAAUCCCAGGGCGUGCUGAGUGACUCCAGCCAGGUCUCCUAAGCAACAAAACUGGCCCGGUUGCUAGGAAGGGUAGAGUCACAUGGGGUAAACUCCUCGUGGUCGCUAUAAAACGUGGUUCGUUCUCGGUGGGGCGCUUGGUGAGUUGAGCGUGGCUGCUUCGGUGGAUGGUGUGAAGCCUCCACACGCGCUAUGUCUCCGUGGCAAUGCGCUAAACAAGCCACGUGAUAAGAUGCGCAGGUUGACGGUCUCAAACGCGGAGGCAACUGUGAUUCGUCCUCCGCCACCCGGACUGAGGCGAAUCACUACGUGACCACGAGGACUUAAAAAGCACAUUGGGAAUUGGGCAUUCCAAAUUGGGAGAAAAAGGGGAAAAAUCCACAAAAAAAAAAAGAAAAUGCCAGUCAGUACUGUUCAAUCACUUAUUAAGAAGUGGAAAAUUCGGGGAUCUCUUGAUACCAAGCCAAGGUCAGGUAGACCAAGAAAGAUUUCAGCCACAAUUGCAAGAAGAAUUGUUCGGGAUACAAAGAAAAACUCACAGGUAACCUCAGGAGAAAUACAGGCUGUUCUGGAAAAAGACAGUGUGGUUGUUUCAAGGAGCACAAUAUGACGAUACUUGAACAAAAAUGAGCUGCAUGUUCGAGUUGCCAGAAAGAAGCCUUUACUGCGCCAAUGCCACAAAAAAGCCCGGUUACAAUAUGCCCGACAACACCUUGACACACCUCACAGCUUUUGGCACACUGUAAUUUGGAGUGACGAGACCAAAAUAGAACUUACAACCAUAAGCUCUAUGUUUGGAGAGGGGUCAACAAGGCCUAUAGUGAAAAGAAUACCAUCCCCACUGUGAAGCAUGGUGGUGGCUCACUGAUGUUUUGGGGGUGUGUGAGCUCUAAAGGCACGGGGAAUCUUGUGAAAAUUGAUGCCAAGAUGAAUGCAGCAUGUUAUCAGAAAAUACUGGCAGACAAUUUGCAUUCUUCUGCACGAAAGCUGUGCAUGGGACGCUCUUGGACUUUCCAGCAUGACAAUGACCCUAAGCACAAGGCCAAGUUGUCCCUCCAGUGGUUACAGCAGAAAAAGGUGAAGGUUCUGGAGUGGCCAUCACAGUCUCCUGACCUUAAUAUCAUCAAGCCACUCUGGGGAGAUCUCAAACGUGCAGUUCAUGCAAGACGACCAAAGACUUUGCAUGACCUGGAGGCAUUUUGCCAAGACAAAUGGGCAGAUAUACCACCUGCAAGAAUUUGGGGCCUCAUAGACAACUAUUACAAAAGACUGCACGCUGUCAUUGAUGCUAAAGUGGGCAAUACACAGAAUUAAGAACAAAGGGUACGCAGACUUUUGAACAGGGGUAAUUUAAUUUUUUUCUUUGUUGCCAUGUUUUGUUUUAUGAUUGUGCCAUUCUGUUAUAACCUACAGUUGAAUAUGAAUCCCAUAAGAAAUAAAAGAAAUGUGUUUUGCCUGUUCACUCAUGUUUUCUUUAAAAAUGGUACAUUU